CCUGGUUAAGCUGCCCAAUAGAUGUCCGAGCAAGCCCUAGUAAACUUUAGUACUUGUGAAUAAGCCAGGACCCUAUACAAUUCUACGGACUGGCUAGAUCUAGCUGACUAUUGGGCAGGUGAAAGUGCCAGGGUCCCACUAAUGUUGUGGCCUGUAGUUAUGAAAGGAAUUCCAGUAAUAUUUGUACCUGAGAUGCAAGGAUCGUGCACAGAUUGCAGUCUCACUAAGAGGAUCCGCAAGAAUGCAAGGGAAGCUCUUGCAGAUUGCCACCUAGAUAGGAUAAACAUCUGAGGGAAGAAGAAGAGGAAAAUACCCUAUAUUUUUCUCCAGUGUCUAUCCCCAUGGAGUGGAAUUAAUGUGCGCGAAUGUCCAAAGGGAUUCCUGUAGAGAAAUUGUUCAAUCAUGGACAUCAAUUUACCAUACCCAAGAAAGGCCAUAUGAACACAGUAAUGAUUGAAAACCACCGGACAAAUAAGAUGUUGGUGUGUGGCUCAGCAACAUCAUGGCUGGGGUUAAACGAAAAUGCUGAAGGGAGUCAUGGCCGGCCAACAAGUCAAGCUGAUUUUUGGUUCCUUUUUGGCAACUUUUUCCGAAAUCCAUGGUCAGAAAAACAUGGAAUACAGCAAGUACUAGGAUCAAGCACAAGCAAGGAUGGAGAUGGUAUCGAUGAAAUUUCUCUAAACCCCCCUGCUCCCGAAGAUUCGAUGGUUGGCAUCUCAAUGGUUGCUUGGGGGCAUAUGAGCAGAGCCAGCUUGAAGAAGACAAUGGAAGACCUGACAGAGGAGCUUGAGCAAGCAAGCCAAAAAUCAACAAAACUUAAUGAAGACAAGGAUCCCCAUAGACUUUUCACAAGCACGACAUCUCCUUGACGGCAUUUCUUGGAAGAGAAAUCGGCCAGAAUCGCAUCCUUACAUCAUGUUCCAUGAAGAUGCAUUGCACCAUACACUGGAUCUUAAACAAGAAAUCACAUUUUGAUCAGUCGACUUGAAAGGUCCACCAAGGUUUUACUUACAGAAGGUGGUUCCACAUAGACUUGAAUUUGUGGGAGCCGCCGAUUAUUCUUCAGCUAAUUCAGGAAAACUACGUGUUAUGUCUUGGUGCAAGUGAUAGCAAUAGCUAUGAAGCUUCUCCCCUGUUCAGUGCAAGUGAUUUGAUAAUACUAUAACAGUGUAGCCACAUUCUAACUUACACUUUGUGGAGACCAAUUAUGGAACCAUUAGUGUUUCGUGGUCC